CGUGGCGAAGCCAAGCGGGCAGCGCUGCUCUGGUGCCGGCUACCGAAUUGCAGGCCUAAUCGAUGCAUUUUUCUGAGUGAGUCGGUGGCUCCCCCACCCACCUCGUCCGCUCUCUCCUCCUCCUCCUCUUCCUCUCUGGUCUCCUCCCUCCUCCGGGCUAGGUUGCAAAUGGCUUCGUUCCCCGAGACCGAUUUCCAGAUCUGCUUGCUGUGCAAGGAGAUGUGCGGCUCGCCGGCGCCGCUCUCCUCCAACUCGUCCGCGUCGUCGUCGUCCUCGCAGACGUCCACGUCGUCGGGGGGCGGCGGCGGGGGCCCUGGGGCGGCGGCGCGCCGCCUACACGUCCUACCCUGCCUGCACGCCUUCUGCCGCCCCUGCCUCGAGGCGCACCGGCUGCCGGCGGCGGGCGGCGGCGCGCCUGGAGAGCCGCUCAAGCUGCGCUGUCCGGUGUGCGACCAGAAAGUAGUGCUAACAGAGGCGGCGGGCAUGGACGCGCUGCCUUCGUCCGCCUUCCUGCUCAGCAACCUGCUUGACGCGGUGGUGGCCACUGCCGACGAGCCGCCGCCCAAGAACGGGCGCGCCGGCGCUCCGGCGGGCGCCGGCGGCCACAGCAACCACCGGCACCACGGUCACCACGCGCACCCGCGCGCGUCCGCCCCCGCACCGCCACUCCCGCAGGCACCGCAGCCGCCCGCGGCUUCCCGCUCGGCACCCGGCGGCCCGGCCGCUUCCCCGUCGGCGUUGCUGCUGCGCCGGCCUCACGGCUGCAGCUCGUGCGAUGAGGGCAACGCAGCUUCCUCGCGCUGCCUCGAUUGCCAGGAGCACCUGUGCGACAACUGCGUCCGAGCGCACCAGCGCGUGCGCCUCACCAAGGACCACUACAUCGAGCGCGGCCCGCCGGGUCCCGGUGCCGCGGCAGCGGCGCAGCAGCUGGGGCUCGGGCCGCCCUUUCCCGGCCCGCCCUUCUCCAUCCUCUCAGUGUUUCCCGAGCGCCUCGGCUUCUGCCAGCACCACGACGACGAGGUGCUGCACCUGUACUGUGACACUUGCUCUGUGCCCAUCUGUCGCGAGUGCACAAUGGGCCGGCACGGGGGUCACAGCUUCGUCUACCUCCAGGAGGCGCUGCAGGACUCACGGGCACUCACCAUCCAGCUGCUGGCAGAUGCCCAGCAGGGACGACAGGCAAUCCAGCUAAGCAUCGAGCAGGCCCAGACGGUGGCGGAACAGGUGGAGAUGAAGGCGAAGGUUGUGCAGUCGGAGGUCAAAGCGGUGACUGCGAGGCAUAAGAAAGCCCUGGAGGAGCGCGAGUGCGAGCUGCUGUGGAAGGUAGAAAAGAUCCGCCAGGUGAAAGCCAAGUCUCUGUACCUGCAGGUGGAGAAGCUGCGGCAAAACCUCAACAAGCUUGAGAGCACCAUCAGUGCCGUGCAGCAGGUCCUGGAGGAGGGUAGAGCGCUAGACAUCCUGCUGGCCCGAGACCGGAUGCUGGCCCAGGUGCAGGAGCUGAAGACCGUGCGGAGCCUCCUGCAGCCCCAGGAAGAUGACCGAGUCAUGUUCACACCCCCUGAUCAGGCACUGUACCUUGCCAUCAAGUCUUUUGGCUUUGUUAGCAGCGGGGCCUUUGCACCACUCACCAAGGCCACGGGCGACGGCCUCAAGCGCGCCCUCCAGGGUAAGGUGGCCUCCUUCACAGUCAUUGGUUAUGACCACGAUGGUGAGCCCCGUCUCUCAGGAGGUGACCUGAUGUCAGCUGUGGUCCUGGGCCCUGAUGGCAACCUGUUUGGUGCAGAGGUGAGCGAUCAGCAGAAUGGGACAUACGUGGUGAGUUACCGGCCCCAGCUGGAGGGUGAGCACCUGGUAUCUGUGACACUGUGCAACCAGCACAUUGAGAACAGCCCUUUCAAGGUGGUGGUCAAGUCAGGCCGCAGCUACGUGGGCAUUGGGCUCCCGGGCCUGAGCUUCGGCAGUGAGGGUGACAGCGAUGGCAAGCUGUGCCGCCCUUGGGGCGUGAGUGUAGACAAGGAGGGCUACAUCAUUGUGGCCGACCGCAGCAACAACCGCAUCCAGGUAUUCAAGCCCUGUGGCGCCUUCCAUCACAAAUUCGGCACCCUGGGCUCCCGGCCUGGGCAGUUCGACCGACCAGCCGGGGUGGCCUGUGACGCCUCACGCAGGAUCGUGGUGGCUGACAAGGACAAUCAUCGCAUCCAGAUCUUCACCUUCGAGGGCCAGUUCCUCCUCAAGUUUGGUGAGAAAGGAACCAAGAACGGGCAGUUCAACUAUCCUUGGGAUGUGGCGGUGAAUUCUGAGGGCAAGAUCCUGGUCUCAGACACGAGGAACCACCGGAUCCAGCUGUUUGGGCCUGAUGGUGUCUUCCUAAAUAAGUAUGGCUUCGAGGGGGCUCUCUGGAAGCACUUUGACUCCCCGCGGGGUGUGGCCUUCAACCAUGAGGGCCACUUGGUGGUCACCGACUUCAACAACCACCGGCUCCUGGUUAUUCACCCUGACUGCCAGUCGGCACGCUUUCUGGGCUCGGAGGGCACGGGCAAUGGGCAGUUCUUGCGCCCACAAGGCGUAGCCGUGGACCAGGAAGGGCGCAUCAUUGUGGCAGAUUCCAGGAACCAUCGGGUGCAGAUGUUUGAAUCCAACGGCAGCUUCCUGUGCAAGUUUGGCGCUCAAGGCAGCGGCUUUGGGCAGAUGGACCGCCCUUCUGGCAUCGCCAUCACCCCCGAUGGAAUGAUCGUGGUGGUGGACUUUGGCAACAAUCGAAUCCUAGUCUUCUAAUUGCAUUUCCUAGGUUUCUGUGUUUGGGGUGUGUGUGGGUCUCUCUCUCUCUCUUUCUCUCUCUCUCUCUCUCUUUCUCUCUCUUUUUGAAUUUCAAAGAAGAAACAGUCUCAGGGAAAUUUCUUUUUUCUUUUUUUUUUAAAAGAGAACAAGAAAAGUACAACAUUGCUUAAGUCCUACCUCAUCUUUAUUUUUUUACAGAUGAAUGUACUUAUCUUUUCUGCAGGGAUUGAGCCUGUGAAGUGAUAAUUUCUAUCUACCUCAUAAAUCUUUACAUUUCCUUCUGCAACAGGCCCUCUUCCCUCCUCAGUGGAGUUUGCAUUUCCCUCUUCCCCUGCGUGGGGCAUGAUAUGCACAAGCCUGGCAUCUGUAUGGCUGGGAGGGCACUGGAUGUGUGUGGUGGGGUGUAUUCUGUAGAUUGAGCCAAGGAAACACAAAAAAAACUACUAAGUAAAAAAACAAAAAACUAUAAAACAUGGAAAAAAUAGGAUUUGAAAUGCAUAAUUAUAGAGUUUCUGUGUUCUUGAGAAUACUGUGUUUAUAUGGGGUUAGAUUAUGUUGUGUCGUUUUGAUCUUUUUGGAAAAUCUUCUCUUUUUUUAAAUGCUGCAACAGAGAAAUUUCCUCUGUUCUCCGUUCAUACCUCAGUGUGUUUAACAUCCUCUUCCGCAUCUUUUCUUAAUCUUAGAUGUUGUGGCUGUGGCUUGCUAGCCAAGAAAAGCAGACCCUUCAUGUUUUAGGGUAUAUAAUCUUUGUUUCUUUUAAGGGAGGGUGUGUGUGUGUUUGUUUCAAAGCCAUCUUGCACCCAAGUAGCUGAAAAUGGCACACUGCCUCCCAAAGAACCUCUCCUUUUCACACUUUGGUUUCUUAAAAAAAUAUAUAGAUGGUAGCUCAGGAUUUUUGAUGAAACGUAUUCUCAGAAGUUAAGCUUUCUUAUUUUGCUGUUAGGUUAUAAAGGGUUAAAUGGAAGAAAGAAGGAAAUUAACCGCAUUCUCAGAGAGAGGGUUUUCAGGCAUGGGCUGAUGUGGACAUGAAUGUGGGUGGACAUGUGUGUGCUGAGCCAGUCAGGGAGCACAUUAAAGAACAAGGCACCCCCAAACUAUAGGAACUCCACAGAAAGGGCAGGGUGCGUCCUGACCCGAGAGCGCGUGUUGUUCUGUAGUCCUUGGAGCUUCUUUUCCUAAGAAGAGUAGGCAAAGGAAAGAACUUUCAUUUUACAAGCACAGUUUUUUUCCUGCUUUGAAAGUUCAGGGAAAUAGAAUGUUUGAAAGUCAAAAUAAUACCAACAGCCCAGUCCCGCACCCUCCGCUUGGGUCACUUUUUAUAGGAUUGUUUGCACCCAGGCCAUGCUUUAGGACCUCGUGGUUAACAUGAAUCCCCCCGCCCCCCUCCCCUCAAGGCCUUUAAAUAUAAAGGAUCUAGAAACCAAAUUGUCCAAACCUGCAAUGUCGGAUGUAAUGUCUUUUCUUAAACCUGUAACUCGGUACCAAAGAAUGAAAAUUUACGCCUCCCACUGCAGAACUGUGGGGUAGAAUCUGUGUCACUUUACAGGACUGGUUGGUUGUAAGCUGGACUUGGGUACAAAACUUGUGCUUCUGGGCAUUGUCUGUCUCUCAAGUGCAAAGCAGAUGUAGCUGAUACCCUGCUUGUCAGAAUCCAGUGGGUUCCUGCAUUGCCCCAAAUACUGAAAUAAGAACCAAAUUCUGGAGGAGCCCUCCUCAGGGAAAAGAGGGACUCGCAAACAAACGCCAGUGACUUACAAGGGAGACCUCUUGUUUAAAAAUACUUAGGGAUCAACUUCUGUUCUCUAAGAGAAAUUUCUAUUGCAAAAUGGGUAUAGUUUUAAAUGAACAAAACAGAUUAACAAAUGGAGCAAUUUGUUUCUGUUAUCCCAAUAGAAAAGGAGAUAAUGGGGACAAUGUGACAAGUCAAUCAAGUUGCUUUUCCCGUAUACCUCUUUUGGACAUUUGAUUUACUACUACUACAAGCUACGCUGUCUCUUCCCAUUGCUUUAAUUCUAGGGUUUCUGAGUGACCAAAAUGGGAAGGGAAAAAAAAAGAAACCUCAUUUCACAGAAGAGAACUGCAUGCAAUAAAAGAUUCAAAAGUUAGAAAGUAACUUCAAACUGCUGCUGGCUCCCAGCUGCUGUUACAGGGUGGGAAGGUGUUAAGAAAUCUUGUUUGUUAGAAGCUCCUUUUACUGUAGAAUUUAAUAGCAAAUCCUUCCCCAUUGCCUAUUCAGUUGCCUUUUGGCCAUGAAGCUCUAGGUUCUUUGGUAAAGAGUUAAUAUAAUUAAGCAUUUUUGCUGUUUUCUAUUUUGGAGUAACUUGGUGCUGAUCUUCCCUCACCGCAGCCGCCCAACAAACCACCCUUUAAAUACCAAAGACAACUGGUUUUAAAUGCUUGAAAAAAAUUUUUAUUGAGGAGAUGGAUCUUGAUUAAAAUCCUUUCAUAGUCAUUUUCAUUCCACUCCUUUUCUUUCUAAUUUCCCCAGAUGUAGGAAAAUUUGGGGACCUGAAUGAGAAAUGUUCUUGGUGCGUAACAGUAACUAGAGCUCCUUAUUUGACAUUUUACUAUGAAUGUGAUUCAAAAGCCAAGAUUUUCUCGCUCCAUGGCUGAAAUGAUCAGGUCUUAAUUUACAGACUUAAAAAUUUGCAGGCUUAGAGCAACUAGAAACUAUCCCCUGAAAUAUGUGUGUAGGUCAGAGAUACUACUACCUUUGUCCUCAGUGGUGGUAUAUCUCCUUACCUUUCUGUAUCCAAAAGGGUGCAUGACUGGUAUUUGAGAAACAUGGUCACACUUGGAAAGCUUUUGUUUUUAAAACAUUGGCCGUUUUUGGCUGCCCACGAUUGAGUCCUGACCCAUAGGGAGUGGUGCGAAGCACUUUGGAGAGUUCGUUGUAUGAUGUGAAGUGUUCCAAAUCAAAGGAAGGUGAUAGAAGCCAACAUUUGGCAGUCCCUAGUGUGAAACUGUGAAAAGUACCCGUGUUUAAAUACUUAAUCUCCUGCCCGUGAUGAGGUAAUGCCAGGGUAGCCAGGAGUUGGGUCAAAGAAGGGAGUCUUCAGCCUGAUGGAAAAAAUAAGGUCCUGGGUGUUAGGAGAAUAAAAAGGUUUCUGGGGAGUAAAUGUGACAAUUAGACAGUAGUUCCCAUGGAGGUCUGAUCUGGUCAGGUGGCAAGGGUUGGGUGGGGUAUGAGGUAAGCUCAGUUUCUGUUUGGAGAUGCCCAUUGGGUUUGGAUAUAUAGGUUUGGGUAUUGAGGUGUUUAAAGGAAAUCUAACCCACAGGUAAAAACUACUUUUGCUUGACACUUAACAUUUCAAAAGUGCUAUUUUUGGUCCCGAGAUCUAAUGCUAUCUCAGAACGUGUGCCCUGUUGUGGCUGCAAGUGGCACUCAAGUUGACUAGAACACAGUGACCUGGGCUGUGCCCCAAGUGCACUAACUCCUCAAUGCCCUUUUAAGUCUAACUUACUUGGGAAAACACGUAACAAAGGGUACCAUAAACCGAAUCCACAUUACAUGUUGGGCCAAAAAUGUUGCCAGAAUUGAGGCACUUUGUGAUGGAGUUGCAAGAGAAUAGCUUGAGAUCGGCUCAGUCGGAUUUAUUCUAGUUAAGCCAAAGCUUAAUUAUUUGAGGAGGAAAGUCUCUUAGGCUUGAAGCAGCAAAAUACUGUUUAUAUAUAUGUUGCGUUCCUCAUUGGAAGAUUCUAAGAUUACUCUGUUCUGGUAGGUGGUGAAAGAUAUGCCAAAGUUUUAGGCUCGUUUUUCUGGUUUUAUUUUAUUUUUUAAUCCAGUGGUGCCAAAAAGUAUUUAGGGUCUAUUUAAGGUAUAUUUAAAACAUCACUCUGAAUGAGUUUCCAACAGUCUGGGGCUGUAUAAAAGUCACACUCUUGUACUUGUAGGUGAUGGUGUCACAGGGCCAGGCCUCCAGAGCUCUACGGCUUUCUCUGGCUUUCUGUAGGGCCAAGGGCAUAGGACACAGCAUUCCAGACCACACUGCUUUUGCUGAGUUUCUACCUCACUUGUGGCAAGUCAUCUACCUCAUGUUAGCAUCUGACAGGUCUCAAAAAGAAUAGUAUUAAUCCAGUGGGGAGUGGGUGGGAGUGAGAAGCUACCUCUAAAAGAAAUGUUUCCAUAAAUCUACAACUGAUUUCUCCCAGGAGAAAUGUUCUAUUUACCUUGAAAGAGAAAUGUCAGGCAAAUGUAGUCAUAAAUCCAAGUAGUUCUUCGCAAUCUGGCUUUUCCCCCUCCAAAAGAAUUACGCAUACCGUUACUAUUGUUCAGUAUUAUGAAACUACUGGUUAAUCUGGCCUAUUGGAGGACUUAACUACAAAUAAAGACCUUUAGGUCUCUUUCUCUUCAAGAGAAAAAUAUUUUAUCUGUAUUUCAAAUGUCUGCAAAUAAUACACUUUAGGAGCAAUUCUAAAGGUCUAGUUCUUGGAAACAUCAAAUAUUUGAAGGGAAUGAGAAUCCUCUUGACUUCAUGAUUGUAUUUGUAGCUCUCUGGACCCAGCAGGACAUUCAUCACCAUGAUGUUGCAGCAGUCACUGUUUUGGCUGAGCAGUGACUAUUGAAGUGUGUAUUGCUCUUUUGUUUUGUGUUUUGAUUUUUUUCUACCAAAGGUAACAUGUUGACGGGUUUUUUUUUUCCUUGUUUAUUAAAUACUUGAUAAAGUUGAGAAGCACAUUACCAGGAUAUACUGUAUUGACCUUCCCACCUCUCUUCUGCCCUAAUUUUUGGUUGGUUGGAAGCGAGGAGGGUCCUAAGACCACUGUCAUUAUCAUGAGGGGCUUAUAAAUGUCAUGGUGAAGAAAUACCUCAAUGAUGUCUAUUUUUAAAACUGAUCUUACGGGUUAACAAGCCAGCCUGGUGGGAUGUUUUCCAUCAUCAUUUAACCAAUAAUGGUUCUAAAAGUUUUGUGUAUCCACAUGGUCGUAGACCUCCUUUUAAUGAUUGUAUUAACUUACAAGCUCAGGUAGUAUUUUUCUUAAGACUCUAUCUCAGAGCACACUGACUGAAUGUUGAUGUGUGUAGCAAAGUGUUUACUUUCUUUAAAUAACCAGCUCUGUAACUCUGUAAGUUCUUUGUGUUUCUAGCCGUCUGUGUAGUUGUCUUUCUUCAGAGGAAGAUUUUUCACAUUUCUGGGAUUUUCUUGCUUUUAGGGUGGUAAGAUUCCUUUCUUUUUUCCCCCUUUCUCCUAAAAUCGAUGCAGGUGAGGGUGGGUGGGUAAGGGGUGUUGUUUUUUUAACUAGCAUGUUAGUUAUACUUGGGUGGGCGGGAGGGUUGUGAAACUGAAUCUUGCUUAAUACUGUCCAUUAGCUCUCAUGCCGGGUCAGCAAAAUGCUUUAAUUUUUAACUAUAGAACAUAUGACUCAGUUGAGUCUUUUUGUCUUUUUUUUUUUUUUUUUUUUUUAAGUAAACACAGAAUUGGGGGAAUUAGCCUGGGCAUGUAGCCCUAUGUUAGAAUGACUAAGUUAAACCUCUUAAUUUGUAUUUGUCCAAGGCAGACAUGAUAUAAGGAAUAUGCACUACCGUAGUAACUCCCCUGGCUGCAGAAACCACACUGCAAGCCUGUCCGGGGUGGGGUGCUGACUGCCGUUUGCCGCUUUGAAAUGGGCAUUGCCGUGGUAAUGUGAAUGCCAUCAAUUCAGUAGAUGGGUGGGGAAAUGAAGAUUUCCCCCCAAAUCUUUAGGCAAAAGUAAGUUUUUGGUUGGUUUUGGGUUCCCCCCCCCCCCUUGGCUUUCACAUUUUAAAUCUUAAAUGUUACUGUUGCAGGCCGCAGGCAUGACAGGCAAUGAGCAGGUGAAGAACCAAUGGAAAAGUAUUCAGAAACUUCUGUGUGAGCUAACAGGCUUCUGAAUGUAUCGCUGUGGUCCACAGAGAAGGCUGGAGAAAGUAGCAAGGAGAUGCUGUAUCAGCUACUACAGCCUUAAAACAAAGUUGGUGUCUCUUUGGACUUUAAAAUUGUUCCUAUGCAGCUUAUUUUAUUUUUGUUUAAUCAAAUAAACAAGAGGGUUUUUCCAUGGC